AUGCAACUGAGAAAUGAUGAAGAAUUAAGUAAAAAAGAUUUUCCAUUUUUGAAUACAUUACCGUUAGGUUCAGAAUUAAGAGAUGCGAUAAUAGCAGUAAAGGGAAUUGAAAAUGUAAACGACCUUAUAGAUAAAAUUAAUCAUAAAAAUCAGCCACCACCUCCACAAGAAUCACCACCUAAAAUUUCAACAUCUCCAGCAACCAAUUAUAAAUCACCCACAAAUGAUGAAUUAACAAGUGAAACAAGAUCAAUCGAAUCUGAAAAUAGUCAACCAAAUGCAAUGGUUGAUGAAGAUUAUGACAAAUUAUCAAAUUAA